UGAAAUUGAUUGGGGAGCCGCAUGUGGGACCGCGAGUUUGAGAACUCUGCUCUGAAGUUAUCAUAUAACACCAAAGGUGCACGCAGGCCUUUAAAGAUAACAUGAAAGAGCCACGAUACUGCACGAGGAAGAGACAAAUGAAUUGAAUUGCGAUGUAAGCGCUCUUUAGUUUCUCUCCAUGUUUAUUUUCCUGCACUCGAUUGUGCUCCUGAACGCAGCACCGCCGCUCUGUGUCCCAGUCACUUGACAGCGCCUCACCACGCCUGCGUAAAGAAAUACAAGAUGGCGGAGAGUGCGGAACUGAAGCAAAUGGUGAUGAGCCUGCGGGUGUCAGAGCUACAGGUGCUGCUGGGCUAUGCUGGACGCAACAAGCACGGACGCAAACAUGAGCUGCUGACCAAGGCGCUGCAUCUACUGAAGGCCGACUGUAGCCCCGCUGUGCACAUGAAAAUCAAAGAGCUCUACCGACGACGCUUUCCUGCCAAAAUGGUUUCCCACUCAGAGCUGGCCCUGUCCGGACCACACCACCCGGCCUCAGCGGGAAUGGUGGGAGGCGGGGGUGCUGCCCUGCCCUCUGGCCUGACACAGCUGGCUUAUGAGGGUCACGCCGGUCACGGCGGAGCCCCAUCGCCCGCUGCCCUGCUGCCUCUCUCGCUGCUCGGCCCUGGGAAACACGAGCUGAGUGGGCUCUCGCACCACCUAGCCACCUCAGCCAAACGGCAUCCGGUCCAUCCAGAUGUCAAGCUCCAGAGGCUCCCCUUCUAUGACAUGCUGGACGAACUCAUCAAGCCCACAAGUCUAGCUUCAGACAACAGUCAGCGGUAUCAGGAGACAUGUUUCGCCUUUGCAUUAACACCACAGCAAGUCCAGCAGAUCAGCAGCUCGAUGGAUAUCUCGGGGACCAAAUGCGAUUUCUCAGUUCAAGUUCAGCUGCGGUUUUGCCUGUCGGAGACGAGCUGUCCUCAGGAAGACCAUUUUCCACCCAGUCUGUGUGUGAAAGUCAACGGGAAGCCAUGUAACCUGCCGGGUUAUCUUCCUCCAACCAAAAACGGUGUAGAGCCCAAGCGGCCCAGCCGACCCAUCAACAUUACCUCAUUGGUCAGAUUGUCCACCACUGUCCCUAAUACCAUCGUGGUGUCUUGGACCGCUGAGAUCGGACGGAGUUACUCCAUGGCAGUGUACUUGGUGAAGCAGCAGUCGUCCUCAGUGCUGUUACAGAGACUACGAGCGAAAGGCAUCAGAAACCCAGACCACUCCAGAGCACUCAUUAAGGAGAAGCUAACGGCCGAUCCAGACAGUGAAAUAGCCACAACCAGCCUUCGAGUGUCGCUCCUCUGCCCGCUGGGGAAGAUGCGGCUGAUGAUCCCAUGCCGGGCACUGACAUGCUCCCACCUGCAGUGCUUUGACGCCACACUCUACAUUCAGAUGAACGAGAAGAAGCCCACCUGGGUUUGUCCUGUCUGUGACAAGAAGGCCCCGUAUGAACACCUCAUCAUCGAUGGGCUUUUCGUGGAGAUCCUCAACAGCUGCAUGGACUGUGACGAGAUCCAGUUUAAAGAGGAUGGCAGCUGGGCCCCCAUGAGGUCAAAGAAGGAAGUGCAGGAGGUCUCCUCUGCUUCUUACAGCAACGGCAUGGAUGGUUCGUGCAGAACGUCUGCGGCCUCAGAUCAGCGGAGCUCCUCUGCGUCCGGCCACGGCGGCGCCGACAGCAGCAGCGGCAAGAAAGUGGAAGUGAUCGACUUGACACUGGACAGCUCCUCGGACGACGAGGGCCAAGACUCACCGCCGCCUCUUCCUCCCUCUCUGCCGCCUCUUCCGAUCAAAAGACCGUGUCCCUCCCUGUCCCCGGCGUCGCCGCCCAUCACCAACAACGGGUCAGACACGUACUUUGAUCUUGGGAUUUCGCCUCCACACUCAUUUUGGGGUUCAAGCGGAUCACAUGGGAGCGUUUUGAACCUGCACCACCAGGCGUCCCCCGUUAGCCGCACUCAGAGUAUGCCAGCGAUGGACACCAGCUACAUCCCGCCUGUACCGCCACUCAUCCAAGACUACAGACCUUACUACCACACCCCCAACGACCUGCCAGAGUUGGAAUUCUUCUCUUUUGUUCGAGGCGAUAAUCAGCAUUACAACAUGGUGAUGGCGGCAGCAGCCGCAGCCUCCGCCUCGGACGACCACGACCUGCUUCUCAACCGCUUCCUCCCCUACAGCGCCACCUCCCACCUGUUCCUCGACCAGUCGGGAGCGUCGUCGGCCACGUCGCUCAGCGCGCCGACCAACGGCGCGAGCAGCUCGGGCGGCAGCAGCAGCAGCCUGGUGUCGUCGAGCAGCCUCCGCGACACUCACUCCACGCACUCUUCUCACUUGGGUUCGCACUCGUCACUCACGCACCCCGGAGUGGUGGCCAGCCGCAGCAGCACCGAGGCGGCAGUGGCGGCCAUUUACGGCGGCAUACCCGACGUCAUAUCGUUGGACUGACUAGAGAGGAGUCGGGACUUCGCUUUGGGUCCAGCAGCGAUCCAGUAACGGACAGUUUUUACUGCAGGGUGACGUUUUUAGAUCCAGAAACUAGACUGGUCCACCGGACGCUUGUGGAGUCGCCGCGACAAGACUUUCUCGCAAAGAGUUUUUACAAAAACAAAACAAAACACGAGGAGUGGCACCGUGUACAGAGAACAAAAUAUAUUUUCCUCUUUAACUUUUGUACGUUAAAUCAAGAACAUAUUAAGGAGAGUGAGCUGCUUCUAUCGCUGUUUUAAAGUGGACGACUGAGGAUUGUUCUGUUUUUCCGUUUUCAGAGAAGCGUAAAUGUGGUUUCCUUUCUCCUUCUCUUCUAAACUCUGUCCUGUUUGAAUUCUCUCCGUUUGCAUUGCUCCGUCACAACCUUUUUCACAUGUUAAAUAGACAGGUUUUUUUUCAUGUACUAACAAUUUUAUUCUACUUAUAAAUUAUAUAUGAUAUUUAAAGUGUAAAGUUUAAACAGAGAGGCAGUGUAGAGGUGAUAGUUAACCAUUUCUGGUUUUUCACUCCUUGAUUUCCAGUUCCUCCUUCUUACUAAGACUUGCUGGCAGUGUACAGCAAAGUGAAACUUUUACUAUUUAUAUUUAUACUUGCCAGUUUUGAUUUUGAGCUGAAAGAUUUAUUUUUCUUUCCUGUUUUUUCUUUUUUUUUGCCGAUGCCAAAAAAAAAAAAUAACAUAUGGUACUUUUACAAUAAUCAGUGUGCCGGUGCAUCUGUGUGUUGCCAUGGUGUUUCCAGUCAAGUGUCCAGCUGGUGGUUGUGUUCAGACUGCAGACUAAUCAUCAGAUGUUUUUCUUUUCUCUCUCUCAACUCCUCCGUCAAUUGCAAGUAAUCAGAGUUGUGGGUCCAGAAUUAACCUCACUAUCUGCAUGGGUUGCUAUGGUAAUGAAGUAGGUGAACCCGUGUUUGUUGCACAGCUGUCAAACAUCAGCAGAACUCGCUGAGUCUCCAGUGUGCGACCGCUUUAGUCACACUCAUCUUAAAAAUCGGAUUAGUGUGAGAGUUCAGACUGAGAGGCGUCUACACAAGCCUGGUUUGAACUCAUGGUUCAAAACACAUUUCAUAUGUUUGUUUAUUUUUCUUAUCCACAAACCAUUCUGGAUAUGCAAAAAGAAAAAAAUCUUGAUUUUUUUCCCUGGCAGUCUGAACAAAGUCUUUGUCCCUUUGUCCCUUUGUCUCCCCGUCUCACCUCGGCUUCAUAUUUUUCGCUCGAUUGUACGAUGAAGGUCAGACUUGUGUAGCUGCUGCGUCAGACCUUUCCCGGAGAGACCGGCGUUUCCUGACAUGUGUCACAGCUCGUUUGGACCGAGUGACCAAGCUUAAACUAGUGCCUGUGCCUGUGUGCAAAUGCUUCACGCGUCGGGAGAAGAGUUUUUCAGAACUCAAAAGAAUGUCUUAAACCGUUCCCCACAACCAAGGCCACGUCUCUGUCCAAACACAACCGCGUUGGGAGUUCCCUUUGGGGCAAGAAACUUGUAAAAAAAAAAAAGAAAAAGAUAAAGCAGUGAGUGUGAGCAGGCUGCGUGUGCCACAGUGAAAGUGGGUGAUCUUAACAUGCCAAUUUAGACUGGGCACAGAGCCAGCUGAUUUAAAAAUACAUGACCUGUUUGGGGACCGAUAUGACUUAGUCAGUGUGCGGUGCACGAGUGUCUGGAUAGAGUGUAGAUUCUGGAUGAAUGUAUUGUACGAUUUUAGGAGAUGCAGUUAUUCACAGAUCUGAGUACUGUUGAAAUGAAGUAGACCCAUGGACUGUGUGUUAAAGUAGACGCAGGCUUCUGCUUGCUUGUUUUUUUCUAUAGAGCUCCGGUUGUCACAUGACUCAGUUUGUUCAUAUUUGGCAGGAACAGCUUCUGCACGCUCAGGAUCAACACGCAUAUAUUAAAGAUGGUGAGCUCCGGAUUCUGUAGCUGAUAUAAAGUUAUCACGACACAGACGAUGGAUUCCCAUCGCUCCGUCUUCUCUAGUUCUCAUGAUCCAAAUGCUUGUCCAGUCAGCUCCAACAGUUUCUCGCCAAGCCGAUCUGUUGCCUGCAUGUACAAGCGUGACUUCCUGCCAAAAUGCCGAUUGUUUUGGUGCAUGCUGCGACCGUGUGACGUCAGCCGCCGUAGCUCUAUAGAAUAUGAUGUCAGUUAGUAAAUGAUGUUUCCAUC